ACGGACACUAAACACGACGGAGUAGCUUCCUGUGAGCACUUCCGGUGUUAGUUACAGCACCGGUCAGUGCAUGGUUUUUGGAUGUUUUUAACUGUAGUUGCAUGUAGCUAACUCGCCGAAUCACACCGCAUACCCAGUGAGUGUUUUUCGGUAAACACAGACAAAGAGAGGUUAAGCUAUGAAUCCUGUCUUUCGAAAGUUGCAGGUUUCUGUCACACAACAGGCAUUUGUGUUAAAUCAAGCACUUACAUUAUGCCGGGCCACACCAUCCAUCCGGCAUCCUGUUUGGGCUUCUGUAAACGAAAGACAAUACAAAUCCAUGCCAACCCACGGGAUUGGGAGGUGGAGACAUCUUUUACCUAAAGAAGCGCCGAAGAAAAAGAAAGACAAACACCAGAUGAAACAGAUCAUAGCAGCGACGGAUACAGCGUACGGCACUCUGAAUGUCAAAGUGUCGGGUUAUGACAUGACAGUGGUGGAGCACUACUCCCAGUACAUCCACAACCUCUGCAACUGGCUCGGCAUCAAAGUGGCAGAAAGCUAUGCUUUGCCAACCAAGAGCACAGAGGUAAUGCUAAUGCAAGAGCAAGGCACCAAGAUGUACGUUGAUGCCAUCCUAAAGACUCAUGAGCGAGUCGUCCAGUUGAGCAGUCUGAACGCCGCAUUGUGUCCCGUUUUCAUGGACGUUCUUUUAAAGAAUCAACCAGAGGGAGUUCAACUCUCGGUGAAGGAGCACACCGAGGCUGAUUUCCAAGCACGGUUCAAGGGCCGUCCAGAGCUGGAUGGGCUCAUCGCUCAGAUGAGCCAAUAGGACCUGUGGACCACAGACGUUGCACCUCGUUAGCAAGGAAUACCUGUUAGAUUUUGUUUAUUUAUUCCCUGGCAUUCCUCAGUCGAAUGCUGUUAAAGGUGAUCAUUUGCAUUGAAAUAACUACAUAUUCAUUGACAUUCUUUUGUGAAUAAAACCCUGUCUAUUUUUUCCAAUUUAA